UUACUAUUUAAUCUGCUCUUCCAUAGAAUUAAUUCAGUUUUCUAUUAAGCUCUGCUUUCAAUUGUAAUAUAAUGUAGUAAUUAUUUGAAAUUCGUGCACAAUUAUUUUUGAAAUAUUAUAAAUGGUUUGUUAAACGUAUGGACUGCUUACUUUAAAACUACCAGUAUUAUUAUUAUUAAUUAAUUUUGAGUGUAAAUGUACAACUUUGUAUAUAAUUCAGUUCAGUUAAUGAUUAUUAAAUAUUGUUAUCGGGUUGAAUUUAAAUUUUCGAAAAUAUAUUUUAAUUUAUUCUGCUACACGGUCACUGUUUACGUAAUGAACCAAUCAUUACAAAUACCAGAGUCUUACAAACAAAAUAUAGCAGUUGCUAUAAAAGGAAUGGGUGAGAUAAUAUUAACUAAUUUGUUAGCAAGUACCUAAUAAUAUUUAAAAUUUUUGUCUUCCAAAGGGUGUGAUUGUGAUACAGUAAUCUGCACAAAAAACAAAAAACUUAUGACAUUUUUCAAAGGUUGUCUAAUUAAAAGUUGUAAUGUAGACAUUGAAGUCGAACAUUUAGAACCUUUUGUUACAUAUGAACCAAAAUUUGAAGUCUAUUAUAUUUUACACGGAGACAAUAAAAUUGUUAUUGUCAAAGAAGGAACUAGUCUUGAGGUUUGCAUUAUUUGUAUAAUUUUAGGUAGCUUUAUUUGUAUUUACUUUAUGCGUGUAUACAUUUUCUUAUUUUGACUGCUUUCAGAUUGUUAAAAUACAUCCUAAUGUCUAUGAAAUGAUUGUUAGCGAUCAUAAUAAUAUAGGAAUACCUCAACUUUAUAUACGGACCAAAAAUGGUUUUGAAUGUGUGGAUAUUUUAGAAAAUAUGAAACAAAUUGAUCCUGAAACCAAUCAUGAAUUCCAAGAAACUACAGUUGUAUAUUCAUUUUGUGUAAAGAAAUUACAAGUAAAGCAUUAAUUUUUAAUUAUUAUUAUAAUUGAUUUAUUCUGGGAGUAUCUAGUUACUUAUACAAAUUGUUGGAUAGUAUACAAUUACAAUUUAAAACCAAUAACCAUAUUAAGAAUUAUAAUUUUUAAUUAAGGAUAUUUUAAAAAUCAUGUUAUGAAAAUGUUUAAAACCUUGUCUAUUAACAAUUUAAAUUUUUUAUAAAUUAUCACUUUUGAAUAAUACAUCUUAUUUGGUUAUCAAAUUAUAUUAUUUUAGUUGUUACUCCUACACUAUUUUAAAUUUGAUUUUAUUAUAGUAUAUACGUUUUUUUUAAAAUCUUUUAAUUAUACAAAUUAUUACCAAUUGUUUGUUAUUGCCCCUAUAGCGCACCGUGGUAAAUUUCCCCCCCCCCAUCACUCUUAUUUGUUAUCAUUGUGCCACAGUAAAAUAAUUAGGAUAGGUAUAUUGUGUACAUAAAUAUAAUUAAAGUUAGUACAGUUUCAGUGUUUCUUAAUAUAAGAAUGCUAUGUUCUAAUUGAAUCUGUUGAGUUUAUCGUCUAUACCACAAACUUCCGCAUGUUAUUUUUAAUAUGGCAAAAUUAAAUUCAAUCUUAUUGUAUGCAGGCACAUUUUUAUUUCUUUGACAUUUGUAAAUAUGCCAUUAAGAUACUCAACAAAAAGUUGUUGCUUUCCGAAAUCUUAUAGUUAAAAUAUAUAUAUAUAUAUAUAUAUAUAUGUUUUAAAAAAUAAACAAUGUAAAUACUGUUUAUAAUGGCCAUUUAACUUUUGUUGAAUUUUAUCAUCUUUUCUCACAAGAUGAAAUUUAAUUUAGAUUGUACUCUUGAAUGUUAUCACAAACAUACAAUUAUGUUUAUUAUAUUCUUUGUUAACUAAAUAAUGUAUAUAUAUUCUGUAACUAUUGCUCUUCUUGGGCGUAAAUAACUAAUAAAUAAAAUAAAAUAAUAAUAUUCUAUUAUAUUUAAAAUAACUAGACUACAGUACGCAUGUAUUUAUAAAAAAACUUAUUUUUUUACCAAAGUAAAUGAUUCCUUCUUUACAGUUUGCCACUCUCUAUCAACUUUGAUCCUAUUUUUAAAUUGUUCAUGGAACUUAUCUCAUAAAAUGCGUCUUUUAGAUUUCUGAAAUAAAACUUUCCAUAGUCUGUAAUGUACUGUGUAUAUUUUUCAAAUGAAAUACUAACUGUAGGUAUAUUGGUCAUCAUUAUUUUCGUUGCAUAUUUUUAUGGUUGUCUUAGGACAUCUAUACUUAUUUUACUGGAUUAAUUUUUUUUUUUUCAAUGCAUACACCGCAUUGCUUAGAUUCAGUUAGGACAUAGCGUAAUAGUGAAAUUAAAUUUUAAAUAUUAUAUAUUCAUACUAUAUUAUUGUAUUGUGAAUAAAUAAUAAAAUAAUAAUAUAAACUGCUAUGUUACUAUCAUCAUUAAGUACUAUGGUGAUUAAUUCAUUAAAAGUAUUUUGCAUUCAUUUUAUCAUUUAGCUAGACCAGAAAAUCGGCUAGCUAUCAAGAUGUGAGCAAACCAUUAUGCCAGUCUAAGUUAUUGAUAUUAUUAUGAUAAUAAAGGCUCAAAAAAAUUUUUUUGUAGUUACAAAUAUUGUUACAAAGUAAAUAAUAUAAUACCAAAUGGUUUUAAAAUCAAAAUUAUGAACAAUGUAAUGCAACUUCUUUAUUAUUUUGCUGUGAUGGAACGAUAACAAAUUUGAGUAGCUGGUGAUAAUUAAUAAGUACCUAAUUAUUGUAUUGAAAAUUAAAUUAAAAUUAAGGGCCCCUUCACACGUAGCCACUUAGCAGUGCUGCUGAUCAAAAAACACAGGAAUAAAUGGAUGCUUUCACACACGACUACAGACACAGAUUGGAAGUACUACAAGAUGGUCACAGUGGUUUCGUUUGUUGCAGAAUGCAGCAUCUGAAAGAAGCGCUGCUGAGUCGCAACAUAUGAAAGGACUCUUAUUAUUAUUUUUUAAAUCUAUAUGUCAUUGGAAAAUAAACAAAUUCUUCUUAGGCACUUAUUGUAAUAACUAUUUGUUAUAGAAAAAAAAAAAAAAAUGAAUAAAAGGUAUUAAAUAAUUUGUCACUGAUUAAGAUUUUAUAGAUAUAUAGAUAUUUAAGGAAGAAAAUAUAAAUAGAAUUUCAUAGAAAAAAAAUCCCAGUAGACAUUAAAUUCCAUCACUGGUUCCUUUCCAUGAAUACAUCAUUUAACUAUUCAAUGAACAUUUAUUGUUUAUAAUUAGUUGAGCUUGUAUUUUACAGAAAUUAAAAAUACUAUAUGAUGAUGAAAAAAAUAAAAUAUCACAAAAAGCAACAUAUUUUAUGAAUGCUAUAAUGCAAGUAUCAAACAAUGAUAAUUCUGAUGUUAAAGCUUCAUCAAAUAUUAUUGCGAAAAAUUCUUGGAUACGGUUAUCUAAUGAAAAUCUUGUAUACGGAUUUACUCUUGAAAACACUUCAAAACUGUAAUAUUUAUUUUAUGUUAUUUAUUGUUGUUAUAUAUUAUGUAAUAUGUAUUAAUAUUUUUUAAUUGUUUUGUUCAUCUAGACCAAUUCAAAAUUGUAAUCUAUUAUUAUUAGAAGAUAAUAAACAAAUUUGGUCCAGAUUUCGGUUUGAAUUUUGGAAAACCGAGAAAAAUAAAAAUGCUUUUAACUUUAUGAGUGGCUGUGAAAAUAAUUCUAUAUCAAAUACUAUUGGAAAAUAUUAUUUAAAUUUAAAUUCUGAAAGCUCUAUCAUAGUUUCAAGUAAGAAUUAAAAUUAUAUUAUAUGUAUAAUAUUUAUUUCAUUUAAAUAUUUUAAUAUUAUGUAGGUAUCAUAGAAAAUUGGUGUUUAAAAUCACUUCCAUAUUUUAUUAAUGGCAUAGUGUACAUUAAUGAUAAAAAUUAUGAUAGUAAGUGUUAAUAAUAUGAAUAUUAUUACUCUAAAGUAGUUAUGUACAUUAUAGAAAUCAUUAUCAUUAUCAAUAUUCAUAUUUCAGGAAUACAAUACAUUAAUACUGAUGCAAUUAUGGUUACUUCAAAUUUGUUUUUGGGAAAAGAGUUUGAAAUAUUUGUUAAAAAUAGCGUUUUUAGUAAGUAUACUAUGAAUACAUAUUCAUAUACAUAACUUUGUAUGUGUCACUAUGAAUAUAUACACAUAAGUUUAGGGGUAUAUUUAAUAUUUAUAUGAGCAAAGGAAAUGUUUAUAAAAUGCAUAAUAAAUUGAUCGGUGUAUCUAAAAUGUACAUCAAAUAAAGUAAACAUAAACUGGAACGCCUGAAUUGCGUGUAGUUUUAUAAAGGUUAUUGUCUGAAUUACAUGCCAGCUCUUAUAGAGGUCUGUCUGAAUUGUGUGGUGUGUAUAAAUUUACAUAUCACAACUUUUAAAUUCAAUAGGAUUGUUUUACAAUAAUGUUAAUUUUUUUUCGGGAGCUUGUGACUGGGGUGGUACUUAAAGAAAGUCAUUUUUCAAUUUUCUCAGUUGUUUUAAUAAUAAAUGAGGAAAAGUGAACUUCCUAACUUCUAACUUAUAACAGUGGCCCACCCAUAGUGCAAAAUUUAUCUUUCUUUAUUUCAGAUUUAAAUUUUUAAAACUCAAAAAUGAAUACAAAUUGUCUAAAAAUAGUUAUUUUUAUUUAUUGAUAAAAAAAAACCUGCAGUUUAUUAAGUCAUAUAUUGACCUAAUUUUUAACUAUUGGGUACUUAACUUUUAAUUACUGAAUUAAAAUAAAAUUAAAGUGACAUGUUCCUUCCCACUUUUUUUAGAAUUAAGACUAACUAUAAAAAUUGAAUAAUUGUACUGGUGUGGUUCAAAAUAUUUAUUUUUUAAUUUCAUAUUAAAUUUAUAAAUGUUUAAAUUUUAAAAUUAUUAUAAUACUAUAUGAUUAUAUUAUUUUAAUAUUUUGGUUACAUGUAUAAUAUUGUUUAUAUCUCUAACGUCAUGUGCUAAUUGAUUACAUAUUGUCAUUUAAUAAAUCAAAGUAGGUAUUUAUUUUGCUAUCGGCAACAUGGUAUUGCCGAUAAGUUACCAUAUAGCAUUAUGGUAAUGCCGUAUGCUAACUUUUGUACAUUCAUUGUUCUAUUGAUUUCAUUAAUUGCACAAAAUAUUUCAAUUUAGGAACUAAUCAAUUAUAAUAUUUAGAGUGUUUUUGUACACAUUAUGUAUUCUAGUAAUUUUUUUUUUUUAAUUUAUGAAAAUAUCAGUUUAAUUUAACUUAAAUUUAGAAACUGCUUAAAAAAAUUAAAAAGUAUGUGAAUUUAUGACUAAGUAAAAUGUAUGUAUUUUUUUUUAUGAAUAAAUAAAUAUGAAUAUUUUUUAUGAUUUUUUUUGUUAAUUCAAAAAUUAGUAGUCUAAAAUGAAAAUAUUAAGUGUGAUAAGUAAAAUUAUACGCAACAUGCAAUUCAGAUAGACUCCUGUAAGAGGUUACAUUCAGUUCAGACAGACCCCUCUAAAAGGUAGCAAUUCUGACAUUUUUUUUUUGGCAUGUAAUUCGAAUGAAAUCAAAUUAUUGGUUUAAAAUUAAUUAAUGGUCAUUAAUAAUUUUAUUAAAAAUGUAAAGCACCCUUGUUCUUAAAUUACCUAAUUAAACCAUGAAAUCAUAAUAAGCUAAAUUAAGAAUUUUGUUUUAAAAUGCAAAGCUUUAUCCCAAAAUAUAUCCUACUCUAGGUAUGUGUGCUUUUUAAUAGCUUGUUUUUAUUAUUUUUUUUUUAGUUGAAGACUUAGUAACUUUAUAUAGUACUACAUUACAAUCGUGCUACCAAAUUAAAUGUGUAUUGGGUCUUAAAGACCUAAAACAUAUGAUAAUAAACAAUUUUAAGUUUGUUGCAAUUCAAAAUUGGCUUGUUCACAGUUCAUUAUUAUGGUUAAGGACAAUCAUAUGCUGUUUGGAUCAAAUAUCACCAUUCGAGUUUAUACUUAAAGUGUUUUCAAAGUAUGUAGUAUGUGUAAAAUUGUAAAUUUGUUUAAAGUUUUAUUUAUUAAAGUUUAAAAUUUAUUUUAUAGCUCGUGUGUAUUUAUAAAAACAUUUAUUAACAUACUUUCUACAAUAUUACCAGAGCAUACAUGCAUUAAUAGCUUUGAUAACAAAGUACUAACACAAUCAAAUAUUUUUCCUCUUGUGUUCGAUUUAAAGGAACUUCGAAAAGUUUUUAAAGAGUAUUUGAAUGAACAAAUAAUUAUUCCAAGAGACCAAUGGAAUAGCACUCGUUUAAAAUUGGUAAAUAUUAUUUUAUUAUUUUUAACUUAUACCAUAAUAUAGUCAAAUAAUUACUAUAAUAAAUAAAUAUAAAAUAAAAUAAAAUAAUUAAAAAUAUAUUAUUAUAAACAAAUUAUAACAAUUAAUUACUAUAGGUAUAAGUCUUAUAUUUUUAAAAGUUUGCUUAAAAAUCUAUUUUACUUUCUAUAUACUGGGUGUAACUGGACUAUUUUUACAUAGUAGUUACAUGUAAAAAUGUGAAAUAUAUAUUAUGUCUGUAUAUAUAUAUAUUAUAAUGUACAUAUAAAAAAUAAAAUAGUGUGUAUAGUACUUAAAUAAAUUUAAAAUUAUUGAACUUACUGAUAUUUAUAUAUAUUCAAUAAACCUUACAACACUUGCUUUAACAUAAUAUUAAUAUUAUAUUAAUAUAAUUAAUUAAUAAAGCAUUAAGAUCAAUAAUAAAUAUCAAAUUAUCGAAUAUUAUUAUCACAUUUGUAUUUUUAUUUAAACUAAAUAUUUUAGAAAUUUUAGGAGUAAACUGUAAAAAUGAUUAAGCAAAGAUUUUAAGAGUUUCAUGACAUAUAUGUACAUAUAUAUUGUACUUAAAUUAUAUAAUAUAUAUCUGUUAUUUACUUUAUGUAUUAUUGGUUGAUGGUAUAUUAUUUAUUUUAUUUCUAGUAUCAGGAAACUUAUAAUGUGUAUAUAAACAAAUAGAUUUAUUCAUGAUAUCAAUAGUUAAAUAUAACAGUAUAAAUUAUAAAAAUCAAUAAACUAAAAACUUAACAAUAAAUAAAGAAAAAUACAUAAAAUAUAAUUCUUAUGUUAUAAUAUUCAAAUAUCCUUAACAAAAAAUAAAGUUCUUAUUAAGUAUAAUUAAAUAAAGUAUUUAAAUAAGUACUAACGUAUUGUAAUAAUGUAAAGACAUAAAAUAGUUUUUAUAACUUUAUUCUAAUCUAUUAUUGUGUUAUAAAUAAAUAAUAUAAUAUGCAUAAAUGUAAUUUUAUUUUUUAGGAAAAUAUGACAAUUUAAAUUUUCAACUAAAUACAUUUUACAAUUAAUAAGCAUUUUAAUUCUAUCCAAUUUUCAUUCAUUUUUUUUUUUUCUAUAAUUAUUUUAUCUUUAAAAAAAUUAUUAAUAAAAUAUAAUAUUUAUUAAAUUAAUAAUUUACAAAUAGAGAGUUUUAAUUAUAAUUCAGUCAUUUUUCUUAUAUCUAUAUGUUCAUAAUAUAUAAAAAUUAGCUGGCAAGGUAAGGUGUAUAGUUAUUACAGAAAAGUAAUGAGAUUUUUUAAAUUUAAGCUAAACAAUUAGUGUUAUCUAUUAUUUUUAAAUGGUUAAUGAUGUCAAAAUGAAAACUGCAAAACUUCUAAAAGGUCUUCCUGAAAGUGAUUAGUAGCACAACUUUUAUGCAUGGCAGAGAUGUAUGGAACAGUGUGUAGUUUCUGAGGGAUACUACUUUGAAGGUGAUAAUUAUUAAAUUGUAUAAUUUUAAAAAUAAAUUACUUUUAAAAAAAUCUUGUUACUUUCCUGUCAAACUUUGUUUAUAAAUAUCUAAAGAUAUAAUAAAUAUUAAGCUAUAAUCAAAGUAUAAAAAUAAAAUUAAAAUAUAACUUAACUAAACAUUUUAUUUUUCUAGUGAAGUUAAUAUAAAUGUGUAUAAUAUAUAUCCUAAAUAAUAUAUCAUUAUAAUUAGAGACAGAGAUUAUAAUAUGCAUUACAAUGGUGCUAAAUAUGCAGAUUAAAAAUGACAAAAUAUGCACAAAAACAUUAAAAAUACGAACUUGUAUACAUAGACAAAUCUUUACCGUUAAAAAGAAAUAAAUAAACAUUAACUGCCUAUGCAACAUCUAUUUAUUUUAAAUUAGAUCAUAUCGUCAAAUUAUCUAGGUAGUAAAAUAAAUAAAAGUUCAAGUAAAUUACAAGUAUAUAGAACUAAAUUUGUAAUAAUCAAAUAUUUUUCCUUGAUAAUUUUAAAUUAAUUGUUGAUCAACAAUCAAACCAUUAAUUCUCAUUUUUAUUAUGUUACUCGUAUUUUAUUAUUCAGAUUUUAAAAAAUAAAAGUUGUUCAUUAGUUAGUUUACUAAGAGUGUAUAAAAUAUUCAAGUUAUAUGUAUAAUAUCAACAAAAUAUGUAAAAUAACAUUUUGUCUAUGAAAUCAGUUUUUGAAAUGUCCAUAUAAUUGUAAUUGUGCAUACAUUUAGUAUGGACAUGCCAUUGCACAUAAUUUGGGUUUCUAAUUAUAAUAUUAUUCAUGAAAUUAUGACAAGCUAAACUUACUCUCAACUCUAAAUUUGUAGUAGAGUAGUAUAAUUAUUUAAAGGUCCAUUGAAAAAUAGAAAUUGAACUUAACAAGUCUUGUUUUUCAAAAUAAAUAAACAGUAUUUAUUUUUGGUUAAUUUUUAUGUCACAUUAGGUUUUAAGCAGUGCAAGGAACUCUAGUUUUAUAAUAAUUCUUUUGUUUUGUUAAUUCAGGAUUUAAAACCUAUAAGUAUGCAUAAUGAAAUUGUUAACUAAUUAAGUGUUCAAAAACUUAAAAAGACAAAUUAUCAAACUAAAAUAAUACUGUUUGAUGAGAGUUAAACAAAUUAAUUUUAUAGAAUGGAUUCUUUUUUUAAAUUUUUUAAAACUAAAAUUUUAUUUUUUAUUUUGAGUUACACAAAAAAAUAAAUAUAUAUUUAUAUAUAUAAAUAAGUAUUUUUAUAAAAUAAUACUUUGAAAAGUUAUUAUACUUAUUAAAUUAUCAUGAUAUAUUCUGCAUUAUAGACCAAAUAAUUCAUAAAUACGUAAAUAUAAGCAAAAUGUUUUGUACAAUUUAUAUCAUUGCAUCUAAAUAGUUAAACUUAAAUAUUAAACUAUUCAUAUAAUUGCACUCAAUCCAGCCUCUUAUGAAAAACUAUUUUCACAUUUAUUUUAUUUACAAUUUGUAGUUACAAAAUGUACAAUAAUCAAUUAAUAUAAUAUAUUUGAACACAUUUUUAUGUUUCUAAUUUAUAACAUGUUUCUAAGAUCUACUAAUUUAUUUUAAAUAAUUUUGUUUUAUUACAUAUUAAGAAAUAAGAUAAAUCUAAUUCCCUUUUGUUUAAAUUUAGUCAGGCAAUUAAAACCAUUUUUGUAUUUUUCAAUAAUUUUGUCUUUAUAGUGAUUGGCAGCAGUGAUUUUCUGUCUUUGUCUCACACACUUACAACAUAGCAAUUUAAAUAUGUUUUAUUUCCAAUGUAGCGAUUGGUCUAGUGAAGCGAUAAGAAUUUUGAAAACGGAUUUGAGUCGACUUGAAAUCAACUUUCCGACUUUUUAAUUUUAAUUUCUUCAAAAAUUAAAAUUUUUUUUUUUAUUACUUCUUUUUAUCAUGGCUUUUUUAGGAUUAAAAAAUGUUGGAGGAGUGAUUUUACGUAGACUCAAAGAAAAAUUCAAAUCUAUUUUCAGAUUUCUUAUCAUUUUACUAGACCAAUUAGUCAAUUGAACAAACAAGAUAAAAACAGAAAAUUAUAAAUUUCAAUUUCUUUAAACCUACAAUUUGUAUAAAUAGGUAUUGUUUAUUUUUUUCAAAAGCACAACUAAAAUUUGUCUUAUUUUCCUUAUCUAAACCUUGUUUUCUCUAUCCUUUACAAAUUGCCAUCUAAAAUAUUUUAAGGCUUUUUUGACCUUUUUGCAUAACUAUAAAUAAUACGCCACUGUUCAGGAGAUACUAUAUUCAAUAAUCAAUGCAAUAAUAAUAGUUAUUCUUUAAUAAAUGAAUAAAUAUGUAUUUUAAAAUUACUGAGAAAAAGUAUCUAUAUUAACUAUUUAAUAUACCUGAAUCCAACCCAAUAAAUCUUGACGGGGUAUAAUGUACACAUUAAUAACAUUAGUUUUUAGGGCAGUUUUAAAAUAUUAAUCCUUUCUAUGGGUUUUUACUGGGUGAUUUAUUUAAGUGGGUACACUCAUUAUAUAGAUAAGUAUUAACUUUUUCUGGAAUUUUUUUUUAGAACAUUUAAGAAACAAGCUGCUCUACUAUUUUAUAUUUAUAUUAUUUUUUGUCACCCUUAUUUUUGGGAGUAAAACCUAAUUUUGAUUUUCAAACGGCAAUCUAUAUUAAAAAAUUCAUAAAUAGAUUAUGUAUUAGUUAACAUAAAUUAGAGUGUUGACAUUUUUGAUUUCCGUUGAUCUGUUAAUGAGAUAUUCCACUUUUAAUUUUAGAUUGGAGGAGAGUUGUGGUGCAUUAUUAAACAUUCCAUCUAUUUAUGGAAUGUUAAAUUUAGAUUGCCAUUUGAAAAACAAAAGUAGAUAGUGAUUUUACUCCCAAUAAUAAGGGUGAUAAAAAAUAACAUAAAUAUAAAAUUGUAGAGCAGCUUGUUUCUUAAUGUUAAAUGUUUUAGAAAACAAAUUCUAGAAAAAUUUAAUGCUUUUCGAGAUAAUGAGUGUACCUACUUAAAUGGAUCACCUGAUUUUACUUAUAUUUUAUAAAGUUAAGUUAAAUUCUACUCUUACUAUACAUUAUUAUACUUCGUUUAGAUAUGUAUAUGAGUGUUUAGUAAAUAGAAAAAAAAGAAUUAAUUUUAUUUAAAUAUAUUUAAAAAAAAUUAUCAUCUUGAUCAAAAAUUAAAAUAUAUAUAUCAAAAGGAUAUAAUAUAUUAUAUAGGGAAUAACUUGAUUACUUAAAACUUAAGCUACAAUUUUUUUUCAGUUUUUUUUAUUUCAUGGUUUGCUAUACAUAAGUUAAAGUAUAUAGAUAUUAUAAGUAUUCUAUGUUUUAUUUUAAAUUUUAUAUUUUAUAAAUAAACCUAAUUUUUGGUACCUACUUAAUAAUUAAGUAAAAAUAUACAAUUGAAAAUUUAAAUAUUAUAUCUUUGGAUAAAUAUUAAUUACCAAUCACAAUAAUUCCGGUCUGUACGUGUUUUGAAAAAUUUGAAAUCUGUAUCUAUGCUUUCUGCUCCAGAUUCAUCGGUAUCUAAACUCGUAGCCAUCACUUUUCCAAAUGAUUCAUUGGAUUCAGUACUAAGAUAUCCAGAGUCUUCAUAUCUGUUAUGAUCAGGCAAACUUUUGACUGUUUGUUUGUCAGAAGCACCAGCCUUGGUAUCUUGUGUUCGCCGGUUACAUUGAGAGCGGACGCAAUCCAAUUGCAUGAGUCCGUGUUUGCUAGUGCUUCUGACACACGCGUUUUUUGGAGGUUUUGGUACGGACUGUGGUGACGGGCACCUUUGCCUUCGGCAAUGUUUUGGAUCAGGUUUUAAGUAUUUAGCUUCUACUUGAUUAGUAUUCCAUCUUUUUUGCACAUCAGCCAUGACAUUCUUCGCCUCGUAGAUCUCUAGUAAACUACCAAAUCCGUUGUUUAUGUUUUUAGGACUACUGUAUUGUUCAAACGAAUCUGAUGGGUUUGCUAUUUUUAAUUUAGGUUUAAUUUUAGUACAGUGUCUGUCUAAUGUAUCUGGUUCGAAGCUAUCCGAAUCCUCUACUACAGGAUGAUUGUCGGGGCAGUCUUCGACUUCAAUAGUUAUUUGACCUGAACUUUUUUUUUUUAUGUUUUUAUCUAGUGUAUUUUUUGGAGACAUACUGGUAUUAAAAUUAUCAUUUACAUAUACUUCGCUGACUAAACUAUACCGCUCAGAAGAUCUAUUCAGAAUAUCAGGUAACGUUUCCUUUUUUGGUUUUUCUCGUACACAAUCCGGGCCCGAUAUAUGUUCGUAAUAACUUUCUUUUUUUGUGAUAGUAUCAUAAGUAUACGCCGAUUUGAUUGUAAGUUCUUCUUCCAAUGGCAAUGCAGAAUUGCUUAAAACUGGACUUAAAUCUGGCCUCACCAUUUCGUAUUCAGAUGGUGUAUGAUAUCCACAUUGCUGUCUGUAAUUCAUUGAUCUUUCUAAACUAUCACACUCAAUGUUUAUACCCUCUUCGUCGUUUUCUUCGUCAUUCUCUUCGUCAGUAUUUGAUUUUAGUUCAUUCUUAAAUUUUAUAUGAACGUCAUCUGUUACUUGAUCUUUUUUUUUCGAAUCUACGGGAGGGCACGGAGCUUGAUUUUUUUUGGGUUUGGUAACUUCUGUAGGCACAUUCAUCAACCAUUUUUGUAUUGUAGCUGAUUUAAUUUUAAAUUGAGUUUUGCAUUUAUUACAAGAAUUCGACUGUUCGUUUGUAUCUUCAUUAACAUCUUCUGGUAUCAUGAUGAGAUUUGGUGUAAAUUUUUUUGUUUCUAUUUUCUUUUUUGCUUCUUGUAUAACUUCACGGAUCUUAUCUAAAAAUUCUAAUGCCGCCGGUGGAGGAGCCUGAAAAAAAUUGUUAAUUAUAAUUUUAAAUAUUGAGUUUUUACAUAUUAUUUCAUUCAUAUAAUUUUUUUUAUUACCAUUAAUAAUUCAAUUUCAAAAUAGUCCGGAUUAAAAUAAAGUUUUUUUCUUGGAUUAGCACACAUUAUUGAUCUAAUAUUAUCUGGAUGAUCUUCUUUAUUGUCCAACGUUUCUACUAUUGAAAUGUCUUCUUCUGGAUGUUUUUCUAUGGAAUUUGAAUCCGAAUAAUACAUUGAAUGUGUAAUACCAGAGUUAAAAGAUUGAAUAGGGUGUACAAUAGCCGUUGUUAAAUUUCUCUGUUAUAAAUGUAAUGGAAUUUAAUUCAUAUUUUCAUUAUUUAUUUAUAUAUCAGUUUAAAUUACUUACAUUAUUAUUAUUUUCCAUCAUGUCCAUGGAAGGUUCUCUUUGCAGAUUCAUAUUAUAAUUUCUAUCUUCAUCCGAUUCGUAAGCCUCGUUAUCAUUGUAACUAUGUUGUAACAGAGGGUUGUUCUUUACAAUACCUUCUUCGGUAAUGCCGUUUGACAUUAAUGGAUUUUUAAAUGCCUCUAUAUCACCAUUUCUUCCUUUGGGCUUUCCUUUGCGAACAUGUAAAUAUAACAAAAUUGAUGCCACGUACAUUAGCCCUAACAAAAUAGAACAAAUAGCGACUGCUAUAAGUUCGCUUAUUGUUAGUCCUGAACUAGGAGUAUUGUCUGUUGUCCUUAUGUCAGCGGAGAAUAAAACUUCUUUUACACCUGUAACGCGAAUAAUUUCACUUAGUUUAAAAAAUAUAUUUUAUAAUUGUUAAUAGUUACUUGGAGUUCCCGCUAUUCUGAAUGAAAUACAAGGCGUUAUGGUUUGGUGAAAAUCGUUAUCAUAAUCUUGUAACGUCUCUUUACAAAUCAUUUCGAUUAGCACCAGUCGUCCUUCAAUGUUCGCCCUUGAUUGAAAAUCGCCUAACCACUAUACAAAUAUAAAUAAUAUAUUUUAAAAAUGUUUAAAUACACAAUACACAACAAAUAUUGAUAUUAUAGUCAAUUUAUGGAUGAUGUAUUUCUGCUUCACACGAAUAAGAAUGUAUAGAGGUUUCUUGUUAUUUCCACAUGUUUAAAAUAAUUAAAAUAUACAACUUCUGGUGGUAAGAUACCAGUAGGUAUUACGUUUUAUUUAUAACGUAUUUUAACCCAGAUGAUUAUUUUAUGAUUUUUUAUAGCUUUUUCUAUCCGUUUUUCAAAAAUAGUAUAUUAUUGACUAAUAGUUCUAGUAUUUAUAUAUAGUAACGAAUUGUUCGAAAAAAACUAGUCUGAAGGGCAAGAGGGUAAAAUAAAAUUACGGUACAUAGAUUGUAUCAUUUUACCAAAAUAACAUAAAUUUAAUUACUAUCGUUGUGAGAUAUUAUGAAGCACGCCAUAAAUCUAAAACAAACCAGACGUAAUUUAAAUAAAUAAAUAAAUGAAUUCGUUUUUUAUGUAUAUUGUUAGGCACUUGUAUAUUAUAUCCAGUUUUCUGACCCUAAUAUAAUAUCUGAUAGUUAUAAAUAUAGCUAUUUGGUUUAGUUUACUAUGUUAAAAUAAUGUGUAUUAUGAUACACUAUUAUUCAAUUGUCAAAUGGAAUUUAAAAAACCAUUUGAUUUAAUUUCUCUAAAUAUUAUGCAGUAUUUUUAAUAAGUGAGUUGUUUAUUUAUAAAACAUACAAUGUUACCGACAAAAUAACUCACUAAUAACAUAAUGUGACCAUUUUCUCGGUGUAUUUGGAAAGGGGUUUCGAAGUUUGAUUGAUUUUUAAAAUUCACCCAGCCACCACGUGUUAAAUAUUUCGCUUUGGAUAUAGUGCAAAUUGGAUACUGCAGACCUGGAAAAUAUAACAUCCAUUAGUUUUUUAUUGUUCAAGAGUGUCCAUUUUCAAAAACCCAGGGGAAGCCAGUGUAUUAUUUUUAAUUUAAUUUUUUAACGAUGUUGACCAUUCCGUUAAACUGUUAAACGUUUCAUACGUAUAAUGUAUAAUAAAUACGGAAAAGCCAGGGGAACAUACCUCCUAUUUUCCCUCUUCCCUAAUGGACACCCAUGUUGCUAUAAGGUAUUAUUAAUCUAAGUGAUAAUUCUUAAGUUAUACAAAUAUUAGAUACAAGCAAGCUGAAGUUAAUAAAACCCUGUUAGGUUUUUAGGAUCGGGAUUAGGACUAUAAGUAAUAUUUAGAUUUAUUAACAAUUUAAGAAAACAAGUGAAAAACUGAAUUUUAUAAGAAAAUUAUAUUUUGUUGUCUGUGGAACAGAAAUUGUAAAAUGUUUGAUUGGUUCAUCUUUAAUCUGUUGAUAAAAAUCACGCCUAGUUGUAAUUAAAAGUUGAUUUGAUUUACGACUAAGAAGAUAAAUGACAUUACCACCUAUUGACCAAGGCCGGAAAUAUGAUAAAUACAUAAUUUGAUCGCUGCCGGCUAAAACAUGAAUGUUAUUAAGUUGUUUUGUUUUAAACUAGGGUAAAACUCGUCUUAUUUGUGCUAUGUCUUGAUUGUGUUUUUAUAUUUUUUAAUGGUACCCAACUGAAUUUACAUAUCACGAGGUAUUUGUGACAGUGUUAAUUUAUUUGAAAAUAAAUUAUUCGUAACAUUUUAUUUGUAAACAAGCGUUGACGACGGUUGUAUUUAAGUGUGGAGUAUUCAGGUGAAAUAACCGGCUGAAUUGUAUUAACUCACUAGGCAAUCGCUACGUAAUUUAAACUCGUCUUAGUUUAUUAUUAUUAGGAAGUUACAUUUAAAUUUAAAUUUAAAAAAAACAUUACUUAUCAAUACUAAUGCCCUUAGGAUUACCGCACGUGUUUUCUUAUAAUGCGUAGUAUAUCCUAUUAUACUCGUAUAAAUUUAACAUCAAUAAAAUACUUCUAUAAAUUAUUUCGAUUAGGUAUAUUUAUUUGGUUCAAUUUACAAUUUAUUAUUGUGUUUCAAUUUUUUAACUUAACUAUACAUUCAUUUAUUUGUGAGAAUAUCUUCAGUUACAUUCUAUUCCAAUAAUUAUGAAAUAGGAUAAAUAUAUUUAAGUUCAAACGUGUAUUUUAUAAUAUUUUUAGUGCCCUAAUCUAACCUUCUGAACAUAUUUGUUUUUGUAGAUUCUCUAUAACCUUUUUCGUUUUGAAGUGACUGAUGUUUUUGUAAAAUACGUUUUUCAUGUUUGGUGAUUUUGUAACGAAUCCAAAAGAAAACCUUUUUUUGUGGAGAGUUGGAGAAGAUUUUUUCUUCUGUUGUGAUGACAUAACCUUGGUUUACAGAGAAAUUUCAACAUUUCACAAGGCUCAUUCCGAGAAAAAGAUAUAUGCAACAAAAUUUAGUGCAAUAGUAUUUUCAAAAAAAAUUCGACAACAAUAAAAUUAAAAAAGUGCUGAUGCUGGUGAUCGGUAUGCCACUGUAGUAGGGAGAGGGAGUUGGGAUGAUAGGGUACAUCAACUUAUUUAAUUAAUUUAUAUCCGACAGCUGCUCUACCAGUGCUAAUGAAAAACGAUUCGGAGAGAAGUUCGGUUAUACAUGUUUUGAUUUAUGAUUUUCGUCAAAAUUGCUUGCCGACAAUCUGUUGACGCGCAAUUUAAACAUUGGCAUUCUUUGAACAACCUCGUAUAUAGCCUAUGGUUAAAAUCUCGCACCGUCUUAAAAAUGAUGUACUAAAACCAUCUUCUAAAACCAGGCCCGCUGGAAUCUUCGAAAUCGUAAUCGCAGUAUUGGCUUAAACUGUACAAUAUGUAGUCAGUUAUUUUUUAUGUAUAAUAUUAUAAUAUUUUGGUCUCAUUUGAAGUCAUAAUACGUUUAUUAUUUAUUUACAGUUUAAUUUGUUGAAUUAUAAGUUAAAUUUUUAGGAUAUUAAUUAUAUAAAAAAAAUAUAGGUAAUAAUUAUUACUUACCAAUUGCGAUGCCCGUCCACGCCAAAAGAAAUAAUUGAAAAAUUAUCAUCCCUAUAUUUAUGGGUUACCUUGAGCCCAAUAAUAUCAAUAACAUUUAUUUUCCUGUUUUGUUAGUUUUAAAUUUUUUUUUUUAAUUCAUGCGUACCACUAAGGUUACUCAUAAAUCAACAAAACUAUUUCGAUUUUUGUACUAAAAUACCAAUAACCCUGUUUUACCCCUUCCUCACUUUAGGACUCGAAUACGGAGGGAGGGAAGGAGGUUGCCUAAACAUUAUUCCUAGUCUUGAACAUCUGUGCAAAGUUUCAGUUCAAUCCGUUCAGUAGUUUGGGUGAAAAGUGGUAACAAUCAUACAUCCAAACCAAUUUUCUCAUUUGUAUAAUUUAUUAAGUAAGAUAUGAUUGCAAAGAACUAUAGGAUCACUAUAGGAAUGAAUAUUCAUAGUUACAAGUUUACCUAUUAUAAAUUAAAAAUUAAUUUAACAUAAUUCGUUUAAAUUAUACCAACAAUAUUAUUAUAAUACACAUUCGAAAUAAAACUAUACGCGAGAAGAAUACUGUUCAGACUAUCCGCCUAUAUAGGAAAAUUUUGAGUUGAAACAUUACGGCGUUGAUAAUACAUUAUUUAUAUUAAAUUCUGAAAAAACUAACUUAGUUUAAUAUAUAUUUUCAAUUGUUCUUAGUGUAUAUCAAGUGUGGCAAUGCAUUUAAUAUACCUGUAUACAUAUUAAAUAAUAAUAAUAAUACAAUUAUUGCAGAGACCGCGAUUUAAACUGUAUUAAACGUUAGUACUUAUACUGUAUUUACUAUUACUUAGUAUAUAACAAAAUGUAAAAAGUACGUACCGGGGAUUUUAAUUUCAGCACUAGGAUAUACGAUUUGUCCUUGUAACGGUAGAAAUACGUAUGGUAUUUUUUGCACCGUCGUACCGGAUACAAAUGAAGCUAACGAACAUUCUGUGAACAAAUUAUGAAAAAAAAAACAUUACAUUUUGCAAACAAAUACUAUAAAUAUAUGUUUUACAGUGCGAUAUUAGCGGGUUUGUUUGUCUAUACACCGUUUACGAAGCUUGUCGACAUUACUGAUUUGAUACAAGUACGGGCGUUUAUACCUUAUUAUAACGACGUAAUACAAAUUGCGUAUAAUAUUUUAGUUUAAAUAUGGUCACACUAAUUUGUUUUUUUUUUAACGUUAUCAUAAAAAUAUUAUUGGUUUUAAUUGCAGCAAUAUUUUAAAACAAGGACUAUUAAAUUUAUCGUAUCCCGUAGUUUUUCUUACUGUCUAAUCUUAAUGGAAUUUCAAACGGUUGUUGCGCGACCGCGCUGUUUUCUAAGCAGUUCGGGUAAAGGAAUAUAAUUCUGAUUAACGGGUCAUCAGCCUCUGUAUAGUAAUAAUAAACAAGUCAAUAAAAUAGGCAGGAUUACACGUCAAGCAAUACACAAAUGCGUAUUUUUAUGACCCGAAUUAAGUGUGUAUAAUAUCCUAUAAUAUUUCUAUAUACACACAGUUGACCGUUCCCAAUUGUCGGCUUACCGCUGACCGUUCGCGCCUAAUUAUUAGGUUUUUUUAAAACAUCUUACUGGCAAACGAUGGCGAUAAAGUCGUAUUGUGUAGCUUGAUGUCAAAUAAGACGUAAGUAAAAUAUAUUGUUAAAUGUUAAUGCGUUGAGUUCUAAAGCGUGUAUUAUUCUUAUAUACGAACAUAUAUUCGACGAUUUAGUCAUUGUUUAGUAGAGUUAUGCUAGUUUUGAUUUUUGAAAUCGAGUCUAGUCGAACCCAGUAUUCAUUUUUCCUAAUUGAAUUCAAAAGUCGAGCACUCGAGUUUAUGAGUACCAAAAAAAAAAAAAUUGUCUAGUUCAGUCAACUGUCAAUUAAACAUGUUGUAUUAUAUAACAUAUUUAUAUACUUUUUCUAAAAUAGAAAUAAUUAUCAAGUUAUUCAUGUCGAAAAUAUCUGGGUUUGAAGAUAUUCGUUCUUGGUUUUAACAUUUUUUUUUUUUUUUUGAAACAACAGUCGAAUAGGUGCUCGACUGUUGUUUAAUAGUACCUACUAAACAUUCAUGUUUUCUGCACGAUGUUACUAUUUAUUUGAAAUUGUUUAUAUACAUAUUUGAUGAGCAGACGGGCAUCUCGCAGCAUCCCGAAGUAUGGUUUUUCAACUUCUAAAUGUGGCUCUCACGUUUGAAUUUUGAUUUCCUAUAGAUAUAUAAAAAAUUCAUCUAACUUAGCUAUUUAACCGAGUUAGGUUAUGAUUACUCAGAAUCUUUAUUUAUUUUUUUUAUUAUUUUUUUUUUUUUGCAAAGAUUUAACCCUUCUUUCAGUAAAUUAACUAAAAUAGGUACCCUAAAUAAAAAUAAUAUACAAUCUUAACUUACCACCUAUAAUAUUGGUUUGCCCCAUUGCUCGACUUUGUUUUAUUAGUUUGAAAUUUAUUUCAAAAGAAACUACUUUUUAUUUUUAAGUUAUGUUUUUAUUGUGUGUAUAGUGUAGCUUUGAUUCAAAUUUGGUCUGUAAGCAAAAAUUUAGUGCAUUCGAUUUGUUAUUUGAAUUUAAAUGAUUGGUUUAAUUUGCCGGUUUGUUAAUGAAAAUAAUGUAAUGCUUAAACAUAAUCUAAUUGAACGGAAGAUUAUAUAGUUGAUAACUAUUGCAUAGCUAUAUUAUUUUAUCAUUAAUGUUCUUAAGCAUCAUAAUAUGAUUGAAACAUGUUUCCAUGUGUCUAAUUUGAUAAAUGAACAAUUUAUCGAAACUAUCAUUUUUUUUUUUUUAAACUAAAAUAGUAAAUCCAAACGGAAUAAAUAUUAACUGGGAAAAUAUUCUAAAUAUAUUUUUUUCUUUUUAAUUCCAAUUACUUGUGAAAAAUUAAAAAUUAGGACUUGUUAUUUGGUGUGCGUGACGGAGUUUAUUAUUAUUCACCGUGUAAUUGUUGGUAACACAUUCGCAUUAUGGGUCAAUAGCGUAAAUCGAUUCGGUUUCGGUUUCAGUUUUUUAACAUGUGCGAAAUGUACAUCACAAAUGUAUUUUUAUACUUUUUUUUAGACGUCUAUAUAAUAUAACUAGAAUUUUUGCUCAUCGUACAUUUGUUGUUUAUAAAAAUAGAGAAAUUGCAUGAUUACCGAAGCUUUUAUGGCAAGUAUCACGAGUUUCCAAUGGAAUUUUCAAAACCAUUUUUUUGUUUUGUUUUUUUUUUUUUAGAUGAAACUAACAGUUAAUAUUGAAUGGUAAAAAAAUAUAAUUAGUUUGUUUAAUAAAUAUAUAACUAUUAUUAUCCAAUAGAUUUAUACAUUUAAAAUCGCUACAUUUUUAAUGGUAUAUUAUCAUUAGUUUACGAAUUUAUUUAAAAAGAAAGAUUAUUGUGAUUUUACCUACAAUUCAAAAUGCAUAACUAAAAUAAUUAAAAAUAAAAGUUUCAAAAUAUGAAUUAUGGAUUUACAAUAAAUUACGAAUUUUUAAAAUCCCGAUUGUAUUAUAGUACACCCAAUAAUUCCAAUGUAGUCGUGGUAUAGUUUUUCGAAUAUGUGUCCUAAUGCUUACAUAGUUAAGUUAAUUAAACUUUUAUUAUUGAUUUUGUUCUUCUAACAUCGUAAAUAAAAUCUAAAAAAAAUUGAUAUAUUUAACAGUAGGUAAGUAUUAUGAACGAAAACAAUAUCGUAGAUUGCGGCCGGUGAGGGGGGGCUCCUUGGAGUCAGAAACCUGAGUCAAAAUGAUGCAAUCCCUUUCUCCUACCUCUCUAGCUCAAUUUUUAAACAGACACCAUUUGAACCGAGAAUUUUUGUUCUUAUAUGAUUCGUGGUUCUAUUCGAGUAAUGUAUUAUUUCGUUUAGUUUUUUCUGCUCGAUAAAACAAAGUUCUUUUAGCGUUUAAUUCGCGUCAUAUUAUAUUGUACGUUUCGACGACGGUAUGAUUUCUGCAGAAAUCAAUUGGUCCACAUAGAUGCACUGGAACCGUGUUACUAGGUUAGCGUCGUUAUAUAUUUUAAGAUAAAUGCAUAUUUUAAUAAACAUUAGACACAUAUCAUAUUAUUAUUACUAUUUAUUACACACACACACACACGCACACAAACACACGCAUACAUUAUAUUGUUUCUUUUCGGAUUUCUCCAGGACCGAUCGAAUUUUCUACGCUUUGUUUGCCGGCCGCAUCGUCGUCCGUCGGGAUGUUUAAAUAAUAUAUAAUAGUAUAGUUAUAUAUAUAUAUAUAUUUUUUUUUUUUUUCUACGAAACAAACACUUAGUGGCAACGAUAUUCAAUAAACUGCGACGACGCCGCCGUUAUUGUUGCGACUUACGUGAAAGUAAACGUUUUUCCUCACGUAAAGUGAUUCGCAGGCGGCACAAGACAAGUUUAAUUUGUAUUGCAUGCCUCUAGUUAGUGUCUGAUUAACUGAAACGGUGGUCAAGUGCACAAUCCGAGUCGGGACUCUAAUCUAUGUAGGUAUUUAUAUCAAGGACGAACGCAGGAACAAUUUUCAGGGAGUAUGCCCACUCCGCGUUAACCAUUGAUCUUUAUUCAAAUUAUACAGUUUGAGAAUACUCUGUAAACGACGGUCCACUAAGUGUCUUCUAUAUAUCCGACUGUAUCUGAGAUGUAUUAUAUAUAUAUAUAUUGUUUUGUCUUGCUGAGAUAAAUAACAGUGAAAUAUUAAAUCUCCAAUAACAAAAAAUGGGUGGACGGAGAAUAAAUCUUCGAGCCCCUGUAUUUUGAGAGUCAAGUGCAAGGGUACCAUUUACACUGGCGUUAAUCUGGGCCUAUCUCUAAUAAGCGUUUUCUGUAAUUGAUUUCGUUUGUUAUUACACGAAGAAAUGGCGAACCUAUUUGACAGUAUUUAAAUUACUUAAAACAAAUCGUAAUCAGUUUCCGUUUAUAUUGGCGUCGUUUCAAUAUUCGUUGGACCGGGUUAUCGGGACAAACUUAAACAUUUGCCGACCGAAGAGAAAUUGAGUUAUUUACCUAAAGGAUAUAAUUGUAUUGGUUCGCGCGAACAUUGUCCUUCAUUUGAUAGGUAAAUUUCAAAUUUGUAUAGAAGGGUAAUAUUUACCUAGUUACCUUGAAAAAUGCGAAUUCUCUGCAGGUAUUCACUGCGUAUAAUAAUUUAUAAUAUUAUAUGUUCACUUUCGUAAUAUUCGUAGACAGCAGGUUAUUUAGCUCGAUAUUUUUACAAUACUACUGGCAAUGGUUGUACUAUUUCCCUAUCUGAUUUUACACAUUUUAAUCGUAAUUUAUGAAAUUCGAAUGUUUUUCGUAUCUGAUUGGUCUCUGUAAUUUUCAUCGUCAGUCAUGUUAUCGAACGGCCCAAACCGGUAAAUCCCUAUCCCUUGUCUCCCCGACCAUUGCAAAACAGUCCGGACACACUCACCUUGUAGAUCGUCUACACAUAUUCUCAAAUCGUCUCUGAACACGGGCACGGGUUGGAUGCACUGGCACCGGCAGCCGCUAUUGGACAGCGCCCCUGCGGUCGUCCCGGGAAUAUGUUGUUUUCCCCUGCCGAUGGCUGGAACCGGAUCGUCAAUGCCGCUGAAAUCCACCUGGGACGCCGUACCGCUACUCACCCCGACGCAAGUCUCCAUUGAACAUUUCACGUCUGUGCGAAAAAAAAAAAAUCACAAACGGUUAAAUCGAACGUGAAACAAACUAUACACUAGUUAAACGGGUAUAGUUGCACUCUGUGCGGAUAGUGCAUUAGUCCGAUCCGCGUAUUUUAUGCAACUAUUUAAACUCGCCGGAUGGAUUUUGGGUUAUAGCCGUUAUGAGAAUCUUUGGUGUACUUUAAUACAGUCUCAAACAUACGUAUUUUGUGUGUUACAUUAACUAUUUUCAGUUAUUUUUUUUUUAUCAUUGUCCAUUUAUAAUUAUUGUAACUCUCUUAAAACGAUUUCAUCAAUAAUUACUAUAAACAGAGUAAAAGACAUUAAUGAAACAUAAUUUUUAUAAUUUUCUUUCUAUUUUUACUUCCUUUUAUCAUAAUUAUUGUACAAUUUAUACAAUAAUUAUUGUGUUCUGCAAAAAUUGAGUUAAAUAAUGUACUAAAUUUAUUAUUACUACUAGUUAAAAAAUUAAGAUUUUGCAAAAAAAAAAAAAUUGAAUAAGAAUACGUUACAAACCAUUGCUUUAAAUCGGCUUGCGGUAUCGAAUGGUGUUUUACUGUUUUCAAGGGAGUUUGCGUUACACAUAUAAUACGGUAAAAAAAAUCUUUUUAGGAGAAUUUACAUUUACUCAUAUCUACAUCAGCCUCUGUAAGGACGCCUAGCUGAUUAAAAGGCACAGAGUAGAACUUGCUGCCGACUCGAGUGUCCAGAACUAUUCAUACGUCUUUUUUUUCGUAUACACUUAUGUUUGUCAUUCACACUUUAUCGGUGACAGAUUUUUUGGACUAGCUCAAAAACCACAGUCAGUAUAUAUUCUUGGCCUGCACAAUAAAUGAGGAACAAUCGUAAUCGUCUUCGUCAGUUUGUAUAUAUAGCGGCCGAGUGCGGGAUGGGAUGUGUAUUCAGUGUUGGCAAACAAGAUUACGGUUUUUGAGAAAUAAUGUAAGAACUCGCGUGGAUUUCGUUAUUUUCCCGUGGCUUUGGAUUUCGGAAUGACCUAAAGUUUUUAUAUUCAAUUACAACAUCGUAGUUGUAUAAUACGCCUACUGAAAUGUGUUUCGGAACGAUAAUAUUCGCGAGUAUUUUUUUAUUUCCGAGUACCGCUGAGUUUACGUGGUUUUCAUUAUAAAUCUACAUAUGAUUUCGGGAGAAUGAAAAUAGACCGCUGGCAAAUAUGAUAGCAACGAUUUUUUUUUUUUUUUCGAUAAACGGGAGUUUUCAAACUGAGUUACGCGAAGAGCGAUCGAUAUAUGUAUAUUUGGGUGGUGUGCGGUCAACCAGCACAAUGGGCGACUUCGCUUAUGUAUACGGUUUUUUAUAUCAUGUUUGCCUUCGUUAUUGGUUUAGUCAUCAAUUUAGUCUCCGCGUAAGACGUAUAAACGUGUAAAACCGUUGACUGAAUUGGAUGAUUUUGAUGCAGACAUAGUAUGUAGAACAGUGAAUGAGUUUUACGAUAGAGGUGCGUCACAACUCAAUAUAUCGAUAGUGGUGGUUGUAAUAUUGAUAAUUUCUAUAACUACAUAUUAAAAAAAAUAUACAUAUAUAUUAUAUAAUAUAAUAUUCAUAGUUCAUGAUUUAACAACAAUGCGUAAUGACUAAAAUGACAUCGUCGAAGUAUUUAGGGGGGGGGGUGACGAGGUUUUACGGCGCCUAUGGGCCCCUCACCAAAACCCCACCACUGUUUUUGCGAAUCAUUUAAUUCAAAUAUAUUUGAUAAUAAUUAGAUAUUAUAUUCUUUUUUGAGACUUGCGAGUGUUAACAUAAUAUUUGCAUAGGUUAAAAAUUAUACGUAGACAAGUACUUUAUUACUCUUACUCAAGAGAAAUUGUUUAAAUUCUGAACGAAGCUAGUAAUGUGUAUAUAGUUUUAUUACGACGUGUUCUUUUCUAUUUGUUAACAAUUUCUCGAUCAGAAAUCUUGUUCCAACCGUUUACUUGUGCGUACAGCCACAAGUUAAUAUACUUAUAUUAAACUUCAAUAAUCGCAUGGUUUGUUCAAAUAUGUAUUUUGCGAAUUUUCUAAUUUUGAAUUACUGCCGUCCCACCGAAUUUUUCAUACCCGAAAAUAGUUUAGCUCAGUUUAGUAUCUAUAUUGCAUUAUUAUUAUGCACGUGACUGGCGAUAAAGAUGUUAUUAGUCAAAGGGAAAUACAUACUUAAAGACGGGUUGUUGAACUUUGUCGUGGACGGAAUGAGAUGGAAUAUUACUAUAUGUUUUACAAUAUUUCCAGGAAUAAUAGUAUACCUAUAUUGUAUUUUAAAUCGAGAAGUAUUAAAUUAUAUUAUUUUAUUAGUACUUUACUUUGGUAAUGUUUUUAUAUGGUUUUAUUUUUUUUUUUUUUUUAAAUUAUACGCGACGUAUUGGCCGCGGUGCAAUUAGCCAGCGGAUUUGUACCAGUCGUGUAUAUAAAAAUACGGUAACUGCAAAUAAUAAUAAUAAAAAAAAAUAUAUAUAUAUACAAAUAAAUAUAAAAACUAAAUUACCUAUAUAAGUAUAUAAUAUAUUCGAUCGCAAAGACGUUUAUAUAAUUUAUCGUUUUUAUAUAUUUUUAAUGUCUACGUAUAAUAACAUAAGAGACGUCGCCACGACGACGUUUGAUACCUUUCGUCUUUUAUAUACGCGUUUCAUAUAAUAUUGUGUGAGUAAAAAAAAAAAAAAAAAAUCAUGGCUCGUAUCCAUUAAACGCUAUAAAAUUAUCGAAAAGUGAUUUUAAAAAAUCUGGACCUACUUUGCAUUAUGGGCAGGCCACGCUUGUAAGUGAGAAGUUUUGAAGGCAUAGAAUAUAGAAUAAUUGAGUUUAUUUAUAGGUAUAGGUACUGAAGCAAUGAUACUAUCGUAAUAGGUUGUAUAGAAAAAAAAAUUCAUUUCCAACGGAAUUAAUUCUAAGUCUCUAAUUAUAUUAUUAUCGAAUUCAAAUAAAAUACAGUUACUGUUUAGACUUUGAAGUACGUAACGGAUUGUGGAAAUAACAAAAAUAAGUUAAUAAAAAAAAUGAUUUCUUUUGCUCCAAAAUCGAUUGCCGAUCGUGUUUAUGACUGAUGAGUAUUGAUUAUUAUGGUUGCUUAAACUUGUUUUUUUUUAUUUUCUAUUUCAUAUGCACGGGAGGCAUAUGCGAACAACAAAUCUUGGUGUGGCGUUCUCUCGUGCAGGUACAUAUAGAUAUGCACAGUGUGCGACUUGCCAUAAAAUACUGCGGAAAUAUUACGUGAUAAUUUUACUUAAAAAAUAAUUCUACAAAAAAAAAAAAAAAAAACCAGAAAAUAAAUAAGUAAAUAAUUAUAAACAUUAAUGCGUGUUUAAGAAUAAGACGUUUCAAUUCGAUGGACAUAAUAAUGUUAUUAUACUUUUAAAUUUUAAUCGAUUUGUCGGCCACGCGUAUAUAGAGUGCGGUUUUUUCGAUUGAUGAUUAUUAUUGUUAUUAUUAUUGCAGUGUCGAGUUCUCGUGUCGCCGUCUUGCGAAAACACACCUCUGCAAUAUUAUAAUAGUUUGCGAUCGUUUCUUCGGUACGUUCUUUGAAUUAUGACCCCGUCGUUAUAAUUCGGUAUCGCCGUCAAAGGGCCAUUCGAGCAGUCCGCGGUUAAAAAUUUUUUAAAAAAACAAAACCCGCUUUAACCGUAUAAUAUUGAUGAUUUACGAUCGUCUCGUUAUUAUUAUAUUUGUCUGCAGUUGUAGUAAUAGCCUGCGGCUGAAGUUGCUCGGACGAAUUCAACAAACAACGGUAAAUCGUGUAUCCCUUUUGGAAAACCACCAGAAUCACGUUUUGGAAAAAUUCGAAACACUCCGACGAUAUAGGUACAGUUGGCCGCACCUUGAUACCGAGAGAAAUCCGUAUUAAAAAAAAAAAAAAAAAAACCGUAUAAUAUCGUAAGGAACUCGCUUACAUAAGUCGUAACGUUAUUCUACCUAUAUUUUCAGAUUGCUCGUAAAAUGACGUACGUAUACACGUGCCCUUGAAUAUUAUAUCGCUCAGUUCAUUACGACAAUAUUAAUCCUCCCCAAUAUGUUUUUGAUAUUAUAUUAUAAGAUUUCGGAUGUAUAAAGUACCGUUGGACGCAAUUAAUAUUACAUCUUUAUUGCAGUAAUAAAAAUUUAAAAAAAAAAAAAAAAAAAAUCGUCCAUCACGAAAAUACACCGUGUAUUAUUUAUCGAGAAGCCGGUCAGUUUCAACACGUCGCACGUGCACGAGCAUAGCCGCUAAAUACUCGUUCUAUUUACAUUAACGAAUUUAUUAUGCUCAAAGAAUAAAAAUAUACAUGUUUUAUUCGGUGUCCGUCUGAAGAGCCGAAAAUAUUGGAAACAAUAGUGCAAUCGUUAUUUUCGGAGCUAUGCGAAUAAACCGUUCUGUGCACAAUAUUUCAUGCCUACUCUUAUGCGUUUAGAAUAAUUUUCAUCCCGGCCGUUGUGCCCGUCCCCAUAACAAUGGGUGCUAUUGGUUUUGUACAAUAUCAUAUUAAUAUACCAGUCGGUUUACCGAACCCUGCUCGAAAUCGUUUUCCGAUUGCAAUUUUUUAUUUCGUGACCCUAAUUAUGUGAUAACGGUGACGCGUCAUAACAUCGUAAUAUUUCCGUGUUGCAGUCGUUUACCUGAAACGUCGAACAAAUCGCCGCGGUGGUGUCGGGUGAUGGACACGGUACCGGAAACGGCUCCGGACAGCACGGCCAACAGCAGCGCCAGCGUCAGCGAGGAUCGCAGUACCGUCGUCGUUUCUGUGUUUGUCGUCGACGACGACUUCAUUACGGGCGCCGGCGACUUCUCCGAGCCUCGUGUACACGUCUCCGCUGCUGCACUCGCCGUCCGGUCUUCAACCGCCGCACGCUCCGUACACGUCCAUCCGAAAUGCGUCUGCUGCCACCGUCGUCUGCGAAAACACGAAAUUCCGCGUUAUCUCUUUUUGUUUGCGGACAAUAAUAUAACAUUGUUAUUUCGUAUCAUUAAAGCGUCGUAUCGCACGAAAACACCGCACAACAGUGCAGUAGUAAUUUAUUACUUCCAUUUGAAUAGCGACAUUUAUUAUGUCGGUCGAUUAUUUAUGGCCAACCCACGCGGUUGACUAAAAUGUAAGUACGGUAUCGAAAACUCAAAUGAACACGAAUGACGAUCACGCAAAU